AUGAGCCUCUGUUCCGGGGAAGGCGGAGGAAACGCGGUCUCGAUGCUCGUGAAGCGUGAAGCGAAGAAGGCGAGAGCAAUCAUAGACGUAAAAAGGCCCUGUCUUGAAACUAUGAACGGCGCAAACAUCGAAGAUAUUCGUCUUUCAUCCGCCUUCGCCAACGCACGCCGGCCAACGACGGGCGGCACCUCCGGCAACGCUUUGCAAACGCCAUGGGCUUCUUCUAAGCCUCAUGGUCAGCUGUUCCAGGGUGUCUGGUGCUCGCUUGGGGACCACCGGCCAGACGCCAUUGCGCCACGCAGAAGUGUUUUGUUCGGUAUGGAUCUUUCGCCACCCUCGAACGGUGAAACAACAAUGAAUGCGUUGACACUUGCGGCGUAUAAAGCCUUCCUAUCACAUCAGAUUUUCUCUUUUCGCUUCACCUUCGAGCUAGACCUCACUAGAGACGCCCACGUGACGUUUCGCAGCCGCGGCAAGACUUUCAAUCAUGCUGACGAGGCGAUUCUGCCAUAUUGGACUAUUUCCUUGUGUUGUAAAUGGGGCGCGGUUUUUAAUACUGCUCCUGUCUGCGGCACCGAGAAUGGCGCAUUUCACGUGACUUUCUAUUCCAACUUAGGGCCGAAUUCUACUGGACUUCCCCUGGUCAAAGUUGUCUCGCCAGAGAAGAUACGACCCCGAGAGAUAAGGGCAAAGAACGAUUCCCGACGUGGAUCUGCAGAUUUUGAAAGGGUCCCUUUCCUGGCCGUCAAGUCUCCCCCAAGAACGCCACGGCCCAUUUCGGGCUAG